CGGGGCGGGGCCGCCAAGAUGGCGUACCAGACGUUCCGGCAGGAAUACCUGCAGGUGCCGCCCGUGACCCGGGCCUACACCACCGCCUGCGUCCUCACCACCGCCGCCGUGCAAUUAGAACUUAUCACGCCCUUCCAGCUGUAUUUCAACCCUGAGUUAAUAUUUAAGCACUUUCAAAUAUGGAGGUUAAUCACAAACUACUUGUUCUUUGGACCAGUUGGCUUUAAUUUUUUAUUUAACAUGAUCUUUUUAUACCGCUACUGCCGCAUGCUUGAGGAAGGCUCUUUCCGGGGUCGCACGGCAGAUUUUGUAUUUAUGUUCCUUUUUGGAGGACUUUUAAUGACUCUUUUUGGGCUGUUUGUGAACCUGGUGUUCCUGGGGCAGGCGUUCACCAUCAUGCUGGUGUACGUGUGGAGCCGCAGGAACCCCUACGUCCGCAUGAACUUCUUUGGGCUCCUCAUCUUCCAAGCCCCUUUCCUACCCUGGGUAUUGAUGGGCUUUUCUCUGCUCUUGGGGAACUCCAUCAUUGUGGAUCUCCUGGGCAUUGCUGUUGGGCAUAUAUAUUUUUUCUUAGAGGAUGUCUUUCCCAAUCAGCCUGGUGGUGGGAGGCUCCUGAGAACACCGUCUGUCCUGAAAGCAAUAUUUGACACCCCAGAGGAUGACCCCAACUACAACCCCUUGCCAGAGGAGCGGCCGGGGGGCUUUGCCUGGGGAGAGGGGCAGCGCCUCGGGGGUUAAUCAGGGCCUGGGGCUGACACUGGCCUGGCUCCAGCCCCAUGGGGACUCCUUCCCCAGCACACAGAGGACUCUGACAGCUCUAUGGUUUGCAACACAAGCACUUUAUGAAAUGCAGUCUCAUCCGAGGCACUCCCAGCACCCUUCCCAAUCAGGGAAUUCAUUGUGCUGGACAUCAUCUAAAUCCAGUGAAGCCAAAAAUGUAAAGCUGGAAGCUGUUUCCUGUUAACUUCAGUUAACAAGGCCACACAAGUACUUGUUUAAAGUGAUUUCUAAAGCAUUUUUUCAAGUUAUUUGAUACAUGAAACUGUAUGGGAAACUUUAUAGAGGACAAACCCAACUUUUUGGGAUUUAACUAAUUUUUUUUUAUUCUUUGAUAAAACAACUGCAAGAUGAUUGAAAGGCUAAGUCAAUAUUGCAAUGGCAGAAGGUUGUUUAAUCUGAGGUGCUGCUGUCUCCAGUCAUCUUUGAACUGCAGGGAACACAACAUGCAGCUUUUCACUCUGCCAGUUGGAUUUUUGGAAGGUUCUGCAGGCUGAGGCUACAUUUUGGUGGUUUUUUCCCCCAAAGACUGUGUGUUCAGGUGCCCAGUUUUCAGACUGGUGAUUAAAUAGGUGUGCCUGCAAAAUCCACCCCCAUGUGCCCUCUGCUGAUACUGGAUGACCUGCAGCACUAGAGAAGGAAACUUGUCUGGAGUCAGGACUCAAAAAAUGAUGAUGAGUUGAAUAAAAUGUCUUGUGGAUCCUUUUUGGUUAA